UCUCCUUGCUGUGGAGUAGUUUUCCCACGGCGCUGGAGUUCUCGGUUUGGGCCAUGGGUCAAACAGAAAUAAACUUCACUCCUCCCCGAGUACGAGUAAAGCACUACUGAAGUAGUACUGAUUACUGAAAUUCGCUCUCCUUCUGAAACCCUAGCACUACCUGUUUCCUUCAUUGUUUCGUUUUCCUCUCAUCGGUUACUCUAACAAAAAAACAAAAUACCCCCAACAACUUCUGCACCGUGUUUUCCUCCCUCCGCCGCCAGCCGCCAUCCGCCACUUAUCCCAGCUCUCGCCAUCGCGUCACCGCUGUGCUGCCACUCGUCAGCCUCGAGGGUCUUCCGACCAAUUAGAAACCUGUGCUGGUCUGCUGCGCUCCGAGGAUCAGCACCAAUAAUAAAUCGGUCAGCGAAGGCACGGGUAUUUCGAUCGGCAAGAAUGGGUUCCCGAAAGGGUGACAACCCUCACUUCGGUGACGGUGCCAGUCCUGGGAAAAUCUUUAUCGGAGGUCUAGCCAAAGACACCACUUUGGAUACUUUUGUUAAGUACUUCGAGAAGUACGGAGAGAUAAUGGACUCGGUUAUCAUGAAGGAUCGGCAUACCGGUAAACCCAGGGGUUUUGGUUUCAUCACCUAUGCAGAUCCAUCUGUUGUGGACCAGGUCAUCCAGGAGAACCAUGUUAUCAAUGGCAAACAGGUUGAGAUCAAGAGGACUAUUCCUAAGGGUUCAUCACAAGCUAAUGACUUCAAAACAAAGAAGAUUUUUGUUGGUGGUAUUUCAACAUCGGUCACUGAAGAUGAGUUUAAGAACUUCUUCUUGAAGUAUGGGAAAGUUGUGGAACAUGAGAUCAUACGUGAUCACACUACUAAACGUUCCCGGGGUUUUGGCUUUAUAGUUUUUGACAGUGAAAAAGUUGUUGACAAUAUGUUAGCAGAUGGGAAUAUGAUUGAUAUGUCUGGUACUCAGGUUGAGAUCAAGAAGGCUGAACCAAAGAAAUCCUCAAACUCAGCUUCUCUUCCUCCAUUUGCUAGUGACUCUAGGGCACUUCCUUACUAUGAUGGUUUUGGUGGAUUUGGUGAUUCUUUUGGAAGUUUUGGAAAUAGCAGUUUUGAUCCUGCUUCUUAUAGAUCCCUUGGAGGUUUUGGUGGUAGGCUUAGCAGUUAUGGUGGAUAUGGCAGUGGAGAUGAUUUUGGUGGUAGUUUUGGAGGGUCUGGUGGUGGUAUUGGUGGUGGCUAUGCAGGCUAUCGUGGAGAAUCAUCAUUUGGUUUCUCUAGUCGCUAUGGUUCCUUCAUGGGGGGCCUUGGUGAUGGUUAUGGUGGGAGUGGUUUAGGUGCUUAUGGACGAGGUGGUGGGUCCUAUGGAAGCUAUGGGGGUGCGGCUACUGGCGGAAGUUAUGAACCAAGAUCUGGUACUGGUUAUGGUGGGGCUGGAGGACCUUAUGGUAGUAGGGGAGGUUAUGGUGGCAGUAGCCGCUACCAUCCUUAUGCAAGAUAGAUUAUUAUUAAGCUUUGUCAUAGAAGCUGCAUGCAGGUUUAAGCAUUUUCUAGAAACAAGGCACUCAUGGCAGGUGGCCACGUUUUAGAAGUCAGACGAACCACUAGCAUGUCUGUAUUAAUGAGUUGCUUAGACAGCCGAAGGUAGAACGCCAUCAAUCUAGAGCUUGUGAUCAUCAUCAAUCUAGAGUUACCCUUCAGUUGUCAUCCUAGAAGAUGUUAGGCAGGCACACUAUGACUUUAUUUCUAAUCAGAUUGUUGCAUGUUAGACUGUGCCACAUUUCUAGAAUAGAGAUUUAAUUAGAAGCAGAGUGGAGUGGUGUGAAUCUGUAUUAUUGUAGGUUAUACUUAUUAGUCUAUUGUUUGGAAUAGUACCUCUUGAUCUAUCCUUUAGUUGCAUGUUAAGCCUGUGUUGAAGAUGUUGGUUAUGCUGCAGUUGCUAUUUAGUUAUA